GCGAGUCACGCCGACCCCGGGGCCUGGCGGGCCCACUCGACGUGGACUGAAGGGCGGAGGUCAGGGCUGGGCGGAAGCCGAGCUGGGCUCAGUCCACGCUGGGGUGGGAGCGUGCGCCGAGCCCCGCCUCGGAGAACCCUGCUCCAGCGUGUUACACCCGCCCCGCCUCCUGCGCAAACCCGCAACGCUAAGCCCCGCGCCCCGCUGUUGGAAACCAGCUCCCCUCCGGCCUCCUGGAACCGGGCUCUCCACCAGAGCAGGACCUGCAGGGACCAAAGUCCACGCUUCCUGCAGAAACCCCAGGGUCUCCCCUUGACACUUGGCGACGUCGGCUUGUGGCCACCCGCCCGCCUGCCUCUAUCAGACGCUGAACAAGCGGAGCCCAGCCGUGAGCAGAAGUGUGUGAAGUGCAAGGAAGGCCUGCCUGUCGUGGUGAUCCGAGCCGGAGAUGCUUUCUGCAGGGACUGUUUCAAGGCGUUUUACGUCCACAAGUUCAGAGCCGUGCUUGGAAAGAACCGGCUGAUCUUCCCAGGGGAGAAGGUGCUCCUGGCGUGGUCCGGGGGGCCUUCAUCCAGCUCCAUGCUCUGGCAGGUCCUUGAGGGCCUGAGUCGAGAUUCUGCCAAGAGACUGCGUUUCGUGCCAGGGGUUGUCUACGCCGAUGAGGGAGCAGCCUGUGGCCAGAGCCCGGAGGACAGAGCAAAAACCGUGGCCGAGGCGAAGCUGGUCUUGCAGAGCGUCGGCUUCCCGUGGCACAUCGUUGCCUUGGAAGAGGUGUUCAGCCUGCCGCCCUCUGUGCUGCGCUGCUCUGCCCGGGAGCCGGUGGGGACCGAGGGAGCCUACAAGGCGGCCGUGGACAGUUUCCUGCAGCAGCAGCACGCCCUGGGCGAGGAGCAGCAGAGCCUGCCCUGCCCCCCGCGCCCCCCGAUACGGGCUGGGCCACCCACAGCCGGCCAGACUGAGGCUCUGUCCACACUGUUCAGCUCAGUGGAGACGCUGACGGCCAAGGAGGAGCUUCUGCGGACACUGCGGACCCACUUGAUCCUGCACGUGGCCCGGACCCACGGCUACUCCAAGGUGAUGAUGGGGGACAGCUGCACCCGCCUGGCCAUCAAGCUCAUGACCAGCCUGGCACUGGGGAGAGGGGCCUUCCUCGCCUGGGACACGGGCUUCUCAGACGAGCGACAUGGCGACGUGGUGGUGGUGCGGCCCAUGCGUGAGCACACGCUUAAGGAGGUCGCCUUCUACAACCGCCUGUUUGCCGUCCCCUCCGUCUUCACGCCGGCCGUUGACACCAAGGCCCCCGAAAAGGCCAGCAUCCACCGGCUGAUGGAGGCCUUCAUCCUCAGGCUGCAGGCCCAGUUCCCCUCCACGGUCAGCACCGUGUACAGGACGAGCGAGAAACUGGUCAAGGCGCCCAGGGAUGGCUGUGCUGCCGGCACCCCCGGCCCCCGCUGCCUGCUCUGUAUGUGCGUGCUGGAUGUCGACACCGCUGACAGUGCCACAGCUUUUGGGGCUCAGACCUCCUCACAGCUCCCCCAGACGCAGCCCCCCGUCGCACAGGCUGAGGCGCCCACCGUGUCCUGCUGCUGCACCGGGAUGGGCGGGGCCCGGCACUGCUGCAGGACGGAGGAGGACCCCCGGGCCCGUGUGAUUGAGCAGCUGUGCUAUGGCUGCCGUGUGAACAUGAAGGACUUGCCCUCCCUGGACCCCCUGCCACCCUACAUCCUGGCCGAGGCCCAGCUCCGCAGCCAGAGGGCCGAGGCUGAGCAGAUCCAGGAGUACCUACUGGAGGACCGUGAGGACGAGGACGCACGGCCUGGCGAGAGCUGAGCCCGAGGACCGGCGCCUGGGCCAGGAGGCCCCAGGCCUCACCCUAGGCAGAGCAGGAAGGCAAGG